GUGAUGGAAUGUAUCAAAGGCGUCCUGCACAGGCUGUUCUCCAUCAAUCUGAGGAAGUGGCUGAAGGAGUACUGCCGGCGAAACGGCUUGUUGACGCUCUCCGUGUUUGCCGUGGCAGCUGGCUUUGCGCUUGGGUUCACCUUGCGGGGUAUGAAUCUCUCCACACAGGCAAGAAUGUAUUUAUCUUUCCCUGGAGAGCUUCUCAUGCGAAUACUGAAAAUGCUCAUCCUUCCUCUUAUUACAUCAAGUCUCAUGACAGGACUGUCGGCCAUGGACUCUAAGGCCAGUAGCCGCAUGGGCCUGCUCACGGUGACCUACUACCUGUGGACAACCUUCAUCGCCGUGGUUGUGGGCAUCAUCCUAGUCAUCAUCAUCCAGCCUGGAAGUGGAAUGGAAAUGGAGGGCAGUCGACUGGGUGGAGGACCUAUUAUGACCUCUGCAGAUGCCCUGCUUGACCUGAUCAGAAACAUGGUGCCAUCUAAUCUGAUUGAAGCAACCUUUCAGCAGUACAAGACGGAUUUGAUCCCUGAGCGCAAAAUUGUACCCAAGACCCUGGAUCCAAGCUUUGUAUACGUUGUACCAGAUGAGAGAAACCCCGGGGAUGGUCGCUCGGUGUUCCUCGAACUUACACCAGCACCGGAGAUUAUCUACAAGGGUGUGCAAGGCAGCAGCAAGCAGAUGAAUGUGCUGGGAAUUGUCAUUUUCUCUGCCACCAUGGGCUUACUGCUGGGGAGGAUGGGUGAACGAGGGCUGCCGCUGGUUAACGUGUGUCAGUGCAUAAACGAGUGUGUGAUGAAGAUCAUCAACGCAGCAGUGUGGUAUUUUCCGUUCGGGAUCAUUUUCCUGAUUGCUGGAAAGAUCUUGGAAAUUCAAGACCCUUCCAGCGUUGGCAAGAAGCUGGGCAUGUACACGAUUACUGUGCUUGCUGGCCUCUUCGUACAUGGACUCAUCCUUCUCCCUUUCUUCUACUUGAUCUUGACACGCAAAAACCCCUUCUCCUACAUUCGGGGGCUGCUCCAAGCUCUUGUUAUUGCUCUGGCUACCUCAUCCAGCUCAGCCACCCUGCCCAUCACCAUGAAGUGCCUGCUGGAGAACUGCCAUGUGGAUAGGCAGGUCGCGCGCUUUGUGCUGCCUGUUGGCGCCACCAUAAACAUGGACGGCACGGCUCUGUACGAAGCUGUGGCAGCGAUCUUCAUUGCACAGGUCAAUGAUUAUGAGCUGGACUUUGGGCAGCUGGUCACCAUUAGUAUAACAGCAACAGCUGCCAGUAUUGGGGCAGCUGGAAUCCCACAGGCUGGCCUUGUAACCAUGGUGAUUGUCCUCACAUCAGUGGGAUUGCCACCGGAUGAUGUCACACUUAUUGUGGCCAUUGAUUGGGUGUUGGACCGGUUUCGAACCAUGAUCAAUGUCCUAGGUGAUGCUUUGGCUGCUGGCAUCAUUGCUCACGUGUGCCAAAAAGACAUUCCUGCAGCUGAAAAGGUGGGAAAACAUUCUGUAACUCUGCAGAACAUGCAGAAGGUGCCCGCAACUGAGGUGCCCUUGCUGGCCAGCAAGGACUGUGUUUUUGAGGUGAUUGGGGACACAGUGAUGGAGAAGCCCACCGUCCACUACAACAUCUGCCAAGUCUGA